AUGGAUGAUUUAUUGAUCAUGGAGAGAAAUGGUGAGUGUAUUUCAAAGUUUAAGAGUGAAUUUAUGAAUGAAUUUGAGAUGACGGACCUUGGUCUCAUAACUCAUUUUCUUCGCAUUGAGUUCCACAAGUCAAAAUUGGGACUGCUCAUGCACCAAAGGGGAUAUGCUCUUGAGAUAUUGAAAAGGUGUGAAAUGGAGCAUUGCAAUGCUGCCAUUUCUCCAGCUGAACCAAGGUUACAAUUGUCUAAGAAUGAGGAUGAGGAAGAUGUUGAUCAAACUCAAUAUAGGAGGUUGAGUGGAUCUUUACAUCACUUUUGUAAUACGCGACCAGACUUAGCAUUUAGUGUCGGUAUUGUGACUAGAUUCAUGGAGAUACCGAAGAUGUCUCAUAUGGCAGCAGUCAAAAGGAUCAUGCGCUAUGUUAAAGGUUCUAUUGGCAACUGA